UCACUCAGUCCUGUUACCCUGACACAUUCUCCCCUCUAAAAAUUUGGGACAUUCCACAAGUCACAUGAUCAAUAGGAAGCAGCAUCAUUUGAGUCUCCUGAAGGCCAUGGGAAGACCAAAAGUCAGUUCUCUCACUUUAUUUUCUGUAUUUUUGAUCAUAUUACAAAUCUAACACACCUGUGCAUUUCCUAAUUGAUGUACAUUUCCAUUUAAAGGUAAGACCUGGAAGUCUUUAAUUCAUGCUUAAGCUGCAUUUACACAAAACCAGCAAUGUCUACUUAGUGCCCUUUACUCCAUGACAUCAGUAGUUCCCUCCCUCACAUGGCUGUAAUGAAGCCAUUUAUAUUAGUGACAAAUGUGAUCAUUCUUCUCUCUUUAUUCCUGUCUCUUUUAUCAACUCCACUUGCAGCUGGUGCUCAGUGUGUGUGUGUGUGUGACCAUCAUUAAAAAUGUAUACCAUCUCUCCAAACAAACAAGCCACUCAUGCUCAUUGGAUAUCAGUCAUUAAAAUUUAGCGAAGAGGGCAAAGCGUAUCAGGUUCCUCAUUCAGGCUGUGGAUGAAUUUUUCAAAGUCCUAUUACCUCUACAGGCACCACUGCUGAUGUCUCAAGGCUGCACACUUUGACACUGCCAUUGCCUGUCUCUGCUGUUACUGUAGCUGAGGCGUGACAAAAGCCGAAUUAACAAUAACAACAUGAGUCUCACGGAGGCUUUACUGAUUCAUUUACUACUGCUUGUUGAUGAGGCUGAUUCUAAAAAAGGAGUCAAAUGUGGAGGAAUCCUCUCUGCUUCAUCUGGCAAUAUCUCCAGUCCAAACUUCCCAGGCCUGUAUCCCUACAACAUUGACUGUUCCUGGCUAAUUGUGGUGGCAGAGGGCUCAUCUGUCCUCCUCACCUUUUACCACUUUGAGCUGGAGUACCAUGCCAACUGUGCUUACGACUACAUCAAGAUCUACAACGGCAUAUCUGAGGAUGAGGGGAACCUCCUUGGCACGUUUUGUGGUAACAUCUCCCCACCUCAGUUCACUUCGUCUUGGAAUGUCAUGUCCAUUAUCUUCCAUUCAGAUCGCCACGUAGUGAACAGGGGAUUCAGUGUUGGCUACAGAAAAGAUAUGUGUGGUGGAGUCCUCACUGGCCUCUCAGGUGUUAUCUCCAGUCCAGGCUACCCUCGGGAGUACAGCAAUAAUGCCGACUGCUCUUGGGCCAUCCACGUGUCCAACACCAGUGUGGUCACCCUGGUCUUCUUGGACUUCCAGCUGGAAAACAAUGAGGGAUGUAAUUUUGACUUUGUCGCUCUGUUUGAUGGCCCUACAGUCACCCACCGACACCUGGGCAAAUACUGCGGGGCUGAUAAACCCCCUAACACAGUCACAACUUCUAACCAGCUUCUAGUAGUCUUCAAGUCUGACUUCAACAUUGGGGGACGGGGGUUCAAGGCUUACUACUACUCAGGUGAAUGCCAGCAGGUCCUGUCAGCUGUAAGUGGCAACUUUAGCAGCCCUCAUUUCCCCAACAUCUACCCGAACAACAUAAACUGCCACUGGAGCAUCACUCUAGCUACUGGAUACCGCAUCAAACUCUUCUUCCCCGUCAUGGACCUGGAGGACCGCAACAGUCUUUCAGAUGAGUGUGACUACGACUCUGUUACAGUUUAUGAUGGGGACAGCCAGACAGACACCCUGCUAGGACGCUGGUGUGGCAGGGAGGAACCUCCCUCUCUCAUCUCCAAGGGCAACAAAUUGCUGGUGGUACUAAGCACAGACAGAAAUGAAGCUCAUAGAGGGUUCACUGCUUCUUAUCUUGGAGUGGUGCCUGUAAACGUUAGCUGCACAAGAUCAGAAUUCACCAUUUUGAUACCCCAGAAGUCCUUACCUCAGCUGGACCGUGAGAGCAUCUACCUGGGAAACCCAACCUGUACAGCCCAGUUAACGGCCACCUCAUAUAAGAUACUUGCUCAGUUUGUCAACUGUGGUACUGCUAGCCAGAAACAUCGGAACAUCACCAUGCUGGUAAACAAACUCUACAUCGAUUUCUCUGAUGGGAAGCAGCAGAAUGUGCAAGAAUAUAAGCUGCAGUGUGAUGCCCAGCGGAAAGUAGCAUCAGUGUCCAUCAUCUCAGCAGAGGAGCGUCGUCUCGAGGAGCAGGCCCAACAAACUGACAAUGACAGUAAUGACAAUGGAGGGGAACAGGAAGCUGAGCCUCAUGACUUGAGUGAUAUUGUCUUCAUUAGCAUUUGUGUUCUGGCUGUCAUUCUCAUGGUGAUAGCUAUUGUUUGGCUGGUGCUUCUUUAGUAAUA